AUGGAACAUUUACAGGCGAUGAACCGUAGGUUAACCCUGUUAAUAGGGGUGCUUUCGGUGGUUUCCGGUGUGUUGACCGAUGAUUGUCCUUCUUUUUUCAAUAAGGAUGCUAAAGGGAGCUGUACAAUUCGGGAAUGUUUGAAUGGAGGAUAUCCGGAUGAUGCAAACAAAACGUGUAUCUGUCCUUCCGGUUAUUUGGGAAUUCAUUGCGAAGCUGUAAAAACAUCCAUGCCACCUGACAAUCACUUCAAAGCUGGAGGCACUUCGUUUAACAUAAUCAACAUCAACUUGUACACACAGUAUUGGGGUUUCAAGACUUACGACAACAUAAAAAAGGGAUUGAGCAAUCAUUUGGAUUCUUACCCAAAUGGAUAUGAUAACUACAAUUUGCUGGAAACUACAGGAAAACCAUAUUUGGAUAUUAGUGAUCAGGAAGUUUUUGGAUCAUACAGCUUCCAAUCUAUUCUAAGCUUAACAUCUGAAACAUUUUUUAAACUGGACAACUGGACUGAUACAGGACUCUAUUGGUGCUAUGAAGUCCCAAUAUUUGAUCAACUCAUUCAAAUGAUACAGCAGAAAAACCUCAAAAACACAGUAAUCACCAUUCUCACUCAACACCCACCAUCAAAUGAUAGACAUGAUGAAGCAAGAGAAAUAGCAGUUUCAUUUGGAAUUCGAGUUAAUGUGUUAUGGAUCAAAGAUGACACAUUUAACAGAUGUACAAAUGAGAAGAUUGCCCAGUUCAAGACAUUUGUGGAUAUUACAGGAGGUUUAUUUGUCCAAUUACAGUCUGAGCUAAACGAUUCAUCAACAGUUAACCUUGUUUCACAAGUCUUUUUGACACACUACAAGCCACAAUACGUUUCGAUUCAAUCAUUCAGUGACUGUUCUACUCCUCAGCAAGUUCCUGUUGUAACUGACCCAACAGUAAACGGACCAUAUAAUUUUGUAUUUUUGGGAGAAAACGCGAAACCGGGUAUUGAUGGUUUCCGAACUUGCAGUCUUCUUCAACCACUCCGCUCAGUCGACAAUAAGCUUGCUAUUUUCCAAAGUCUCAAUCCAGUCUGUUCAAGCAUCACUAUUCAAGCAUCUAAUGACUCUUGCACUGCAAUUAUUUUCACUAAUGCCAAUGCAACUGUUGGACCAUUAGACUUGACCAUUUACGUCACUUACGUUGAAGAUCAAUCGAUCGAUGCAUCUCGUUAUGCUAUUGUAGAGGGAGUUCCAUUCUAUCCUGCUUUUCAUAUUGAAUCCAGUUCUGAAGCAUCUACAACUUUGAAUUCCAUUUCUGCUUCGUUUGACAUUGAUUGGAGAGUGACUCCUCAAAACCGUAGCCCAGCGACAUUCGAAUGGAUAUCAAAUAAAACGAUGCAAUGUGAUGCAUCUCAAACAUACUCUUUAUAUUUGCACAUUACUGUUGGUGACACUAAUGUACAACGUGCUGUCCGUGUGGCAUGUGUCCCUGCACCUAUCGCAACAACAGUGUCAGUAGUUUCUACAACUGCCGUUCCAACUUCCAUUCCAACAACAGUUUUCACUUCUUCAUCAGCUGCUUCGACCAUAACUUUCACAGAUAGUUCAAGUAGUACCAGCUCAAGCGUCACACCUAGUACAUGCCCUUACACCCAAAACUACGCAACUUUCUUGUUCGCCUAUGCCGCUGAUUUCAACCCAACAACUUACGGAAUGGUUAGUCGAACGAUUGGAAACUUGGUCAAGAAAAACUUUCCUAAUAAUCAAACAUUGGCUAACAAACUUAUCGACUUGGAACAACCGCAAAACAUCAAAUAUACAAAUAACAUAGUAAAUUUCACGACCAACUGCGACGUUGACAUACCGAAUGCCACUCUUACAGCUACAGAUAUUAAGGCAUCUGAUGCACUGGAUGCUAUUAAGAGCUUCUUGAAUGAUCAUCACUCGGGACGGUUAGAAGGAUCUGUAGUGUUUAUUUUGUUGAAUCGUUUGCCUAAAGAUUUGUCUUCAGCGGAUAAUGAUCUCAGUCCUGAAGACUAUGAUAAGUUAACCAAUUUGAAUAUCAAGGUAAUCGUCAGUUACACGUCACUUUUAAACAUUCUUUCUACUCAGGUCUUCCCAAUCAUCUCAAUUAGCAGUCUUGCUAAAGGAGCUUUAGCAGGAAGAAGUGGAGCUGUUUUCAAUAAAAUCGCUGCCCAAACCAACGGACAUUAUGUUAUAGCAGAUGAUUCGAUCGGACCAGACACAAAUUCAGAUUACAACAAAAUUGUAUCUAACUUCAUGAAUACUGCUUACAAUCAGAAUUUGCUAUUCACUAGGAAUAUGGGAGUGAAUAGAAUUGGAACGAAUUUGGGUGUUGUAAAAAUCCCGAAAUCAGCUACUGACUCACCAAAUAUUACUGUCACUAUUACAGUAUCAUUGUCUGCAGUAGAUGGUAUUAAACCACAACCUCCGUCUAAGCUUGUAUUGGGAAUAAAACCAAACCCGAACUUUACCAAUACCAAAGGCAUCCUCAUUGACUUCAACACCACACUACCUAAUCAAUUUGCUGUCGAUGUUACUUUUCAGAGCAACUCCAACUACUAUACUACAACUAUUGAAUUGGAAGCUGGAAUAGAGAGAGAGUUGUUUUUGCAGUACGUUGCGGGUUCCGACAAUAAUGAUUUGCUAAUUCGUAUGUGGGCAGCGGGAGACGCGUUCCGUGAAGCAACUUACAUGAAUUAUAACGAGAAUGCUGAACUACACUUUACAAAUAAUUCGACAAUUAACGAGGAUUUCGGGGCAGCUUUACAAUUCCAAUUCAGUGGUGCAUGUUCUCAUGAUAAAACGGUUUGGUACCUGUUUUAUUUCUAUAUUUUGUCAAUGUUUUGCUUUCAGGCCACUCUUCUCAUAACGGAUUGUAAUGGAGUCGUUAGUGCAAAAUACGAUUCCGAUCAAGUGGCUUCAACAAGUUCCGGAUUUUAUCAAUUCAUUCCAUUUUUCUGUUCUUCCCAACCUACUCCUGCCACUUGCAUUUCGGGAGCAGAGAGCAAGUAUGAUGCUCAAUUUGUUUCUGAUAGUUUCUCAAUCACUCAAUCGUUCCAAUGCCGCCCAGGUGGUGGACCAAUCGAUACCUGUCAACGGAAGGAUGCCAAUGGGAAUAACCAGUGUUCCGGUAUUGCCCCGUUCAAAAGAGGUCCUCAUGCAAACCUUUACGAUUGUUCUAAUCAUGGCCAUCUGGAAUACAAUGACACGACCAAGUUGUUUAGAUGCAAGUGCGACGACGAAAACUUUAGCGGACAAUCUUGUGAAAUAGCCACUUGUUCUACUAAAAACUCAGAUCCAUUGGCAACCGAUAACAACUAUCACACAUACACAGUAGUUGUCGGACUGGAACAAGCAAACGGUUUCUUAGUUUUAGAUGAUGCACAGAAACUAUUUGGCUUAAGUUGCUUAGAUAGCCUGUCGUACGUCUGGAAAUAUCAGUUGUUGACUGUUUGUGCUGACGGAAAAUAUGAUAUGUUGUAUUCUGGAAGUAAUUUGAAAAAUUUCAAGGACAUGUUCUUCCUUGCCUCAAAUGAUUCAAAAGUUGCAAGACCAUGUAACACACUUGCCCAAGAUGGAGUUCAUGAUUUGACGGAUAUUUAUAAGCAAUCUGUGAAAGGAAUCGGUAGAAACGUUAAAGGAAUCAUUGUAUACUUCUCUGAAGCUUCUAAAAUGAUUAAUGUGACUCUCGAGGAUUUCAUCACUGCAUCACAGCCUUAUCAGCAACAAUUUUUUGUAUAUGCUAUCGAUGAAACUGAAAUCUUUCCUUUGACAGGCGGAGACAAUAUUGUUAAAGCUGCGAUGUCAACCGGAGGAUUUCUAAUACAAUCUUACAUCGACAGCGAUUCGCUAGAUCAUAUUGAUGCAAAAGUAUGGCAAAACUACAAAACGAAAAUCAAAACAACCCGUUUACAGUUCCUGCCUGAUCUUCUGGGUUCUUCGUCAUCAAUUUCUUGGAUGUCAACUGAACAAAACAGUGACUUCGUGAUUUCGACAAGUUCACCUGACAUCCAAUCAUAUUUGAUAACUUAUGGGACUGGAGGCGAUUUGUCAAAUCAAAAUAGCUUGAACUUGACUUGUACAGAUUCAGACGACACUGCCACGAUGUGUCAAAUAAAAGGACAUACAAAAGUACUUGGACGAGUGGACAAGGGACCGUACUACGUGGCUGUUUAUUCUCUAAAUGAUGCAUUAGUUCCUAAAGCUCAAAUAAUAUCCGAUCUAGGAAAAGACUCUUCGGAUGCUGUAUCCACAUCAUCCUCAGAUGCCAGAACAAUUCUGGCAAUCAUGCUCAACAAUACUUUUAACAUUGUAGCUAAUAAUGGAGAUGGUGGAAUUACUAGGAAUGCUCAAAGAAACGGGUGUACUUUUGGUUGGACAUCCUACAGCGUUUUUUCGGACAAAAAGUACGAAACAGGGGUGAAUAUUGCCCAAAUCACAAUUGAGGGACCUGGCUCAAAUACAUACACUAGAUUUUUCCCAUUCGGAACUUCCUCUUCUCCUGCCUGCCACAACGGAGGCACUUCAAUUACAUCUACUGGAUCCUGUAAAUGUCCAUCCAACUACCAAGGACCAGAUUGUUCAUUAGUGAAUUGUUCUGGAAGCUCGAAACCGAAUGCGUGGUCUGAUGUUUGUAUUUGUGCUAACAUCGAUGAUGUUGUAUGCGCUAACCAAUAUACUUCAGUGUUCUGA